CAGCAUUGUGGUUUUGAAGAAGACACACACAAACACACACGCGCACAGGGGCUCAGCUUUGUAAUUGGGAUAUGUUUUGAAAACAUGUUCCCAAGCCAAGAAACGAGCGAAACCCAGAGGACAGAGCCUUUGAAGUACGAUAAAUUGUGGCAGGAAAGUUUGGAAAUUAAAUUAGAAGUAGAACACACCUUUGAACAGCAAACCGGAGUGAAGUUAGUAAAGCGAAGCGUUGAACCAAUGGAUAAUAGGCAACUAAAACCUACCAAUGUAUCCAAAAUUGUUCGGCCCGGAUUCAGUCGAAAGCAGCUGGCGCCUUUCUACGAGAGGACUAAACUGUUGCGCACUGUUCUCGAGCAGCAAGUAACGAGAAAGCUAGAGCCAUCCAAUAUCCCGAAAUCAUUGGGCACGGUUAGAAGGCAGCUGAAUUUCACCAACGCUGAGCAAUCGCAAGCACAAUCGGUGGAAGAGCAAACGGAUCCUUCGCUGGGAAUAUUGCAGCCGCAUGAGAUGGAUUUCGGCAGCUUCCAGACCAGCACCGCAAAUAGCAGCCAAAACCGUUCCUCUCACAAUGCCGAUAGCAUUUUAAGCGAUGGACAAAUGGCUUACAAUAGUUUCGAAACGUCCGGCUCAAAUAUUAACAUCGAGUAUUUACUUGAACGCUUGCAGCAUCAAAUCGUGCUGCACAACACACUGCUCGAUGCGUCGGAAAAGUUUCCAAAAUCAUCCUCGAUAGAAAAUCUAGUCAAACAGUGCAUGAAAGGUACGGAAGCGCUAAACGCCCUGAAGCAGCGUGUAUCCGCUUACAAACAAGCCAAACAAGCUGCCAGGAAAAGCGUACAAAAUUCCAUCGCUCACGAAUUACCCCACCUCAUCCAUACUACUGUUAGCUGUGCGGAGGAGUUACAACAAUUGUCCCAAGAAAUUGUGCAACUGUCCGGAUCUGUUGAUGCGGAUCUGCUGAAUCGAAGUUCUGCCACAGCGCAAAGCAUCCAAGAUGCUUCGUUGCGUCUGAAGGAAAUUGAACAAAUGUGGCAAAACAUGCCCACACCGGACGAGGAAGACGCAUCGCUCGGUCUAUUGCACGAGUCUGCGAUGGAAGCAUCGGGACAAUUUUUGGACACAGUGUCCAACUCUCUAAAUGAUAUCUUCGAACAAGUAAAUCGCUCUCUGGAAGAGGUUCUGCAAACACCGAACACGGAAAGCUUAAACAAAUUGAAGGCCAACAUGAAAGAGUGCAAAGAACUGCUGGCGGAUAUCACGCAGAACCAUUCGUUGCUGUUGGAAGAAACGAUGCCAUCGCUGGUGGAAUCGUGCCAGGAGGAUGAGAUCUCGCUACUGAAUACCGUUACUGGUGAGCUGGAUAAAUCGUGCCAGUCCGAAAUUGAAGCUUUUCUGCAGAUAUGGAAACGGCCGGAAAAGGAACAGUUUCUCCAUUUUUCAAAGCAGACUAUUGAUGACCUUUCCUGCUUACGGCAGGAGACAAACGAUAUGUUGGAAAAAGUCGUAGCUUCCCACGACCGUCCGAACCAAUCGUCAAACCGAAGAAAAUAUUUAAUCGAACAAUUAAACGUACUGCGGGAUGCUACUGCAACAGCGUCCAAGCCUAUUUAUACAUCGAUCCUUAUGAAAGAUUACAUCGACGAGGAUGAUCUUUGCGCCGAACAGGAAGCUCUAGUGCAAGAAUCGCUCCCAAAAAUGGAAUCAUUCAAGCGAACGGUCAAAUUUACGGAGCGCGUCGGUGAAGCUAUACCCCCCAUUACGAAGCCUGUCCACAAUACCGAUCAAAUACACCACCAAGUGGAAAGUCGUCUCCAAAUUCUGGUGCAAGAAAUUGAUAAUUUUCAAGAAAAGUUCCUCGCCGCAAAAGAAAAUACAGAGAACCACACUGAUACGACAGCAAUUGAGAAAAAGCUCGACGGGCUGAUGGCAAUGAUAUCGGAGCUGGUGAAAACUUUGAGAUCAAAUUAAAAAAUGAUUCUGUAAUACGUUAAUUAUAAUUUAAAAUUAUCCCGCUCUUUUUUUUUAAAUGUAUUCAGCGUAUUCAGCAGAUUUGAAGCGAAAGAACAUUCAGCACAGCAUUAUCUGCUGAGAAUAAAUCAGCUGUCAUCGGUUGACAGCAAAAUUGAGCACCGAUAAAAAAAAACAGCAAGCAUUGCGUGCAUUACAUUUUGUUCCGUUUUGUGUUUGCCGUGCAUUUUCUCUAGUUUCUUCUUUACUUGACUCGUUUAGAGAACCAGGGUACAAGCAUGUCGUCAGCGGCCGAGGAAACGAACCACAAAUCGGAGACGCCCAGCGCACCGGCGCCGGUGCCGGCAUCGGAAAACACGCCCGAGGAAAAUCCGCUGCAGGCAAAAGCCGACGAGCUCGGUGCUCGCGGUAAUGAAUACUUCAAAGAACAAAAGUAUGAGCAGGCAAUUGCGCUCUACACGGAAGCCAUCGAAACGUGCCCCAAUGAGCGGUUCUAUGCGAACCGGAGCUUUGCUCACUUCAAGCAGGAAUCGUACGGGUACGCGCUGAGCGAUGCCGAUAAGGCGAUAGCGAUGAAGAGCAGCUACACCAAAGCGUACUACCGCCGGGCUGCCGCCCUGAUGGCGCUGAGCAGAUUUAAGAAGGCGCUGGCCGAUCUGGAGUUCGUCGCAAAGCGGUGUCCCAGCGCGAAGGAUGCCCAGGACAAGUACCAGGAGUGUAAAAAGAUGGUAAACAAGAUUGCGUUCGAAAAGGCCAUCUCGGUGCAACACCAGGAGAAGAGUGUUGAGAAGAUGUGCCGUGAUCUGGAAUUUGCGACUAUCGAGGACGAUUACAAUGGACCAAAGCUGGAUAACGGGAAGGUUACUUUGGAGUUUAUGGAGAGCCUGCUGGAGUGGUUCAAGAAACAGAACAAGCUGCACAAAAACUUUGCCUAUAGGAUUCUUUGCGACAUGGAAACGCUGCUGAAAACGCAACCCUCCCUGGUGGAGAUUACAAUCCCGGACAGCCAAAAGUUUACCGUUUGCGGUGAUAUUCACGGUCAAUUUUACGAUCUGCUGCAUAUCUUCGAAAUCAACGGUUUGCCAUCACCCACAAAUCCCUACCUGUUCAAUGGCGAUUUUGUCGAUCGGGGAUCCUUCUCGGUGGAAUGCAUUUUCACCCUGUUCGGGUUUAAAUUGCUGUACCCGAACCACUUCUUCUUGGCCCGCGGAAACCACGAAAGCUUCAACAUGAACCAACUGUACGGCUUUACGGGCGAGGUGGUUUCAAAGUACUCGCAAAACAUGGCAGACAUGUUUACGCUCGUGUACAACUGGCUGCCAUUGUGCCAUUUGAUCAACAAGAAGGUGCUGGUCAUGCACGGUGGCCUGUUCUCGAAGGAUAAUGUAUCGCUGGACGAUCUGCGUGCGAUCGACCGUAACUGCCAACCGCCGGAGGAUGGGCUGAUGUGCGAACUGCUGUGGUCCGACCCGCAUCCUCAGCCGGGUCGCGUACCGUCGAAGCGUGGUGUCGGCAUCGAGUUUGGGCCGGAUGUAACGGAGGCAUUCCUGAAGUACAACAACCUGGACUAUAUCAUUCGCAGCCACGAGGUGAAGGCGGAAGGCUACGAGGUGGACCAUAAUGGCAAAUGCAUUACCGUCUUUUCGGCACCGAACUAUUGCGACCAAAUGAAGAAUCUUGGAGCGUUCAUCACACUGAAAGGGAAUGAUUUAACACCCAAAUUCACUACCUAUUCGGAGUCGCCCCAUCCCCUCAUUCGGCCAAUGGCUUACGCUUACAGCUUAAUGUCAUAGUACAGUUGAGAUGCAUUGGACGGUAUUGAACGUUAUUUCAAUAUUUUUUAACUCUGUUGCUACUGGCAUUUUAGUUGAACACCCACCCCAGUUUCGUUUGUUUUGGCAUAUUUUGUAUGGCUCCGGGAUGAAGAGAAAACGAGAACACGCUUCAUUCUCGCCAGACGAUCACGAUCGCAAUUAGUUCCUUUUUACUUUGUUUUCAAUCUUUGCUAUCCUCUUCCGGUAAUACCCCUCCCUUCAAUUAGUCAUUUUCCCGUGUUCAUCGGAAGCUUUAAAAAGAAAGAACAGCUCGGAAGGCUCAAUUUAACAAAAUGCCAUUAGUUUAGCUUCCGCAAAGUACAACACUACAGCAAAGAUUCGAGUGAAACAAAUUAAGCCAGCAAGCAUCGCAAAUGUUAUGGAACGUUAGGCAUUUCCCCGUUUUCCGUUUUACUCAACAAUAACAGUCUAUUAACAUGCAGAAUCGUACCAGAACGAACCGGCAGAUCUGCGAAAACAGCGAAAGAUCAAGAGAACAGUUAAGCAAAAUACAGUUUCUCUUUGUUUCCAAUAGACAGGCAGAGUUUCGGCAAUGAUUUGUACAUGAAUAGGUACGCCAAAACGGAACGGUGAAAUGGUUCUUGUGUAAUAUUAAAAUUUGCUCUUUUUGGUGUAUGUGAAGCCGAACCUGUAUAGAAAACAUAGAAUAGAUUGAACACGGUCCGUUGGCAAUUAAUAA